UUAAUAUAUUUGAUUGUGACUCCACCUAAACCCUACCUGCCGCCGAGCAGCGUCUAGCCUUUUAGAACCUUGGUAAAUAGAGAGAAGACUAAAACGAAGAUAGACGACGAACUUCGUGCUGGAAUCAUGCAAUCGGAAAGAAUUCUAAAACGUCAGACCAAGAGAAAGAGCCCUAUCGGGAGUAUUUCCAUGGUAGAAAGCUUCGACGCAUGCCCUCAUGAAGAAUCCGAGGCUCAUGAAGAGGAUGACAUCGAUUCGGGGAGGAGGAGGAGGACAUUGCUUCUGCAACUCAUGGCACGGUCACCUUUAGCGAACUUUCUCCCGAAAGACGAGCAAAAAGACCACGAUCUGAUCCCCGAUUUCACUGAAGUUCCUGAUUUCUAUGCUCCCCCCGCACUCCCCCCCCCCCCCCCGGGGACUUAUAUGCAUUUAGUGUAUGCAAAUUCCAUGUUCUAAUUUUAGCCUCCGUGUGGGUGAGCCUCGAGAUGGAUGCAAGGAGUUGCAUUCCGGACAUUGAAACCAAGAAAUACUGUGUCGACAGCAGUAUGCGUUUUGGAGAUUUUGUGGAUUUUAUUCGGAAGCAGAUCAAGCACCGUGGAAGUCUGUUUGUCUAUGUCAAUGACAGAGAACCUGAAACUGAUUUCCUCAUGUAUCAGGUUUAUGCUAACAAUAUUGAUAAGUAUGGAUUUCUUCGCAUGACCUACAGUGGAGAAUGUAGGGUCUGUGGAUUAGGAAAUAUGUCCCCGAGGACUGUGGACAAUGUUGCUGCAAGGAGUGACAUAAUUCCUGACAUGGUCAAGGAGGGAAGGAAGCAAAAUAGUACCCUAAUUCACUCAUAAUACAGACUUGCCUCUUCCUGCACCAUCUCUAUUUCUGCCACUCUCUCGUUUCUCUAUAGUUUAUACUUAUGUUUCCUUGUCUAAUAUUUAUACUUGGUUUUCCAUUGUCUGUAAUGUGGUUCUAAUAUUUAUACUUGGUUUUCCAUUGUCUGUAAUGUGGUUUAUCUCAGAUUUUGAUGGCCAGUGGUAUUCUGGGCUCCACCUCCAAGGGCAAGGCCAAGAUUCUCAUCUCCUCUUCCUCUUCCAAGGGCGACGGUGGUGGCAACGGAGUCCCACCAGGAGGCGGUGGUGGCAACGGAGUCACACCAGGCGGUGGCGACGGAGUCCCAACAGGAGGAGGUGGUGGUGAUGUUGGAGGCCGAGAACGAAGGAUGGUCGACAUUGUUCGAAGAGUGAGACGGACCGACCAAAUAGAAGAGGAAGAACUUCUGAUGUCAAUUAAUAUCAUGUCUACCUCCUUCGGUCAUUUUGAAGGCAUUCUGCGUGAUUUUAUUCGUGUACUGAACAUGUCGGAGGACACUUGGCGGGAAUACUAGUGUGAUCAUGAGUUAUACUCUUAAGCUUGGAUUUCGACUUACAUGACUAUUGGAGAAGCGCGUGAUAGGUUAAGUCGGAUUGUGCUUGACAGAGCUAGUGCACGCUAUCUCCGAGUGUUUGAUGUAACUACAGGAGAGUUUGUUUUACUGUUUGAAUUACGAAGAAGUGAACUCAGUGGAAUGAUAGCGCUGGAGAAUACGCUUCAGGCAAGGAUUGGUGAAUUAUACCUCGGUCUCUUAAAUGUCGAUGAUUAUGAACUCUACUUUGUUAAUGUCGCUCACACUUGAUCGCUUGUUUGUGGAUCAAAUGCGUGUUCGAGGUUGGCAACCAGCACUCCACGAUCUAGAGAGACACACGCAUGGUGCUGGUUGCCAACCUCGAACACGCAUUUGAUCCACAAACAAGCUCAUAAACUAGGUGUGAGCGCCAUUAACAAAGUAGAGUUCAUAGUUGUCAACAUCUACGAGACCGAGGUAUAAUUCACCAAUCCUUGCUUGAAGCGUAUUUUCCAGCGUUGUCAUUCCACCGAGUUCAUUUCUUUGUAAUUCAAACAGUAAAACAAACUCUCCUGUAGUUUCAUCAAACACUCGGAGAUAGCAUGCACCAGCUCUGUCAAGCACAAUCCGACUCAACCUAUCACGCGCUUCACCAAUAGCCAUGUAAGUCGAAAUCCAAGCUUAAGAGUAUAACUCAUGAUCACACCAGUAUUCCCGCCAAGUGUCCUCCUGCAUGUUAAAGUACACGAAUAAAAUCAUGCAGAAUACCUUGAAACUGGCCUAAUGAGGUAGACAUGAUAUUAAUUGACAUCAUAAGUUCUUCCUCUUCCAUUUGGCCGGUCCGUCUCACUCUUCAAACAAUGUUGACCAUCCUUCGUUCUCAGCCUCCAACAUCACCACCACCUUCUCCUAGUGGCACUCUGUCGCCUCCGACUGGUGUGACUCGGUCACCACCACCGCCUCAUGGUAGGACUUCAUCACCACCACCUCCUGGUGGGACUCCGUUGCCACCACCAUCGCCCUUGGAAGAGGAGAUGGGAAUCUUGCCCUUGGAGGUGGAGCCCGGAAUACCAUUGGCCAUCAAAAUCUGAGAUAAACCACAUUCCAAAAGGAAAACCAAGUAUAAAUAUCAGACAAGGAAACAUCAAGUAUAAUUUGCAAGAAAGAAGUAUACCUUUGAGGAGAAGUACAACCAUGGCUCUCUCUGGCUUCACCUCUAAUAAGGAGAAGUGACAUUUAAGAAAUUAUUUCCAAAUGGAAAAUACAAGGAAGACAAUGUUAAUGCCACUGCUUUACAAAAUAUUUAUAAUUAAUUAUUGGAUAAAGUACAAAAAAUUACUUUAA